CCGUACGUUGACAUCCUAUUGAUACUUUGUUUAUACUUGUUUGUUUCUAGAGUCUUCUUCUUUUCCUUAGCAAAGCCAGUGCUCUCCCUUCUUCCUCUGCACUCUAAUUUCCACCACGCAACCAGAAAUUCAAUAAAGAUUUCUCCCUAAUUCCGAUAUCAAAGCAGCAUGGGAGGAGGAAACGGUCAGAAAUCAAAAAUGGCCCGUGAGAGGAACAUGGAGAAGCAAAGAGCUGCGAAGGGAAGCCAGCUUGAGUCUAACAAGAAAGCUAUGUCUAUCCAGUGCAAGGUGUGCAUGCAGACAUUCAUAUGCACCACAACAGAGGUGAAGUGCCGGGAGCAUGCUGAAGCAAAGCACCCCAAGUCUGAUGUGUAUGCUUGUUUCCCGCAUCUUAAGAAAUGAUGCUGGAAGUGCAAAACAGGAACUUGCAUACAGAAGUCGACAGUAGAAUACUACUUAUUAUGUACCUUGCUACUCCUCGAACAUUUUCAUGAUCAUGCAAGCUAUCCAUUCAGUUCAAUGUUCAUGAUCUGCCUUGUGGAUUUUAGAUGCCAAACUUUGCUGUCUCCCUGAUGAGCAUCCCAUGUUGUCUGAGAUGGCAUUGUACAUGCUGAUGGUUCUACAUUUCAUUUUUUUUUUAA